AUGCAAUUCCCAAAGGCGACUGUCCAUUAACACCAGACUUCACUGGAUUUACAGAAGAUGGAGACGCCUCCUUCAUCUUUCCUCCCUCUCGAUGCGCUCCUCAAUAACCCAGUCUUUGCCGGUGGCAUCGGCCUUGGGGGACUCGGGUUAGCUGCUGCAUUCGCUCGACGAUCAGCCAUCCAAGGCGCGUCCCUCGUAAAGCGCCGUCUCCUCGUUGACCUCGAGAUCUCUAAACAAGACGACUCCUAUCAAUCAAUACUUGCAUGGCUAUCACUUCCCCGACCUCCUGCCGACUUCAUCACGUCGAAAAUCACCCGCAUCCAUCACCUCUCCAUGAGGACAAUCUCGCAAUCGUCACAGCAUGGCCCCACCCACAAACAGUAUUUCCUUCAGCCAGGCUAUGGUAGACAUAUCAUUCGACAUAAGAACGCUUAUAUAUCAGUCAAUCGAGAGAAACAGACAUCUGCGAACCUGAAUACAGGCGAACCGCACGAGACGAUUACGCUGACAACCCUUUAUGCGCAUCGACAUAUUUUUGAAGAUAUCUUCGCCGAGGCCCAUCACUUGGCUGCGUCAGCUCAAGAGGGUAAGACAGUGAUGUACACAUCGAGAGGCAUGGAAUGGACACGGUUCGGGGAUCCCCGGUUAAAACGGCCCCUUUCAUCAGUCAUACUGGACCAGGGAAUCAAGGAAAGGAUUCUGGAAGACGUGACAGAUUUCCUAGGGCGCAAAGAAUGGUAUGUGGACCGUGGAAUACCAUACAGGAGGGGAUACUUGCUCUAUGGACCUCCGGGAACUGGCAAAAGUUCUUUUAUACAGGCAUUGGCAGGGGAAUUGGAUUUCAGUGUUGCUCUUAUCAAUCUUAGUGAGAGAGGUAUGACGGAUGAUAAGCUUUCAUAUCUUCUUACCAAGCUCCCUCCGCGAUCAAUCCUCCUCCUUGAAGAUGCCGACGCAGCGUUUAGAAACCGGAGACAGGUUGAUGAGGACGGGUAUAGUGGUGGGACUGUGACUUUCUCGGGGUUGUUGAAUGCGUUAGAUGGGGUGGCUGCUGGAGAAGAGCGGAUCGCGUUUCUGACCACCAACCAUAUCGAUCGCCUUGACGAGGCUCUGAUCCGGCCUGGUCGAGUAGAUAUGACAGUCAGGAUUGGAGAGGCCACACGACAUCAGGCUGGCGAGAUGUGGAAUAGGUUUUAUGGAGAUAUUGACGAGGAUGGAAAAGGCAGAGAGCGCUUCCUUGAGAGGCUGGAAGCGCUUGACCUUGUUACUGAUGCCACGGGCACAAAGAGACCGAAAUUGUAUACGAGCACGGCCGCUAUACAGGGGUUGUUUUUGUUCAACAAAGACAACAUGGAGGGUGCGAUUGACAUGGCCGAGGGUUUGAUCCCAAGAACCUAUGAGCCGGAGGCCCGUGACCCUGGGGUCAAGGUGCCAGCAUAAUGUUCAUAUAUCACCCAGCUAUUGAAACCUGGAGAACGUGGAUACACCAACCCGGAUCUAACCUAGAUGUCGGUACUGUGUCAAAGAACUGGACGUUAGGAUAGCCACCUCAUUUCACAGAAGAGUCGUCGUCCAUCUAUAGCAUUUUAUAGGCCUUAUUUCGAGGCAAAAGAUACCCAUGUACGAAUAGCAAAAGUUACGAAUUUCAAC